AUCACCUCGGCUUGAGAGUGAGGCCCCGUCGAUUGCUCGCAUUCCGAUCCCCAUUCUGCGCCCCCACAUGGCACGGACGGCUCCGGUCGCCGACACCAUCGCCGUCCUCGGCGACGACCUCCUGCGGGAGGUCUUCCUCCAUCUCCCCACCCCCGCUGACCUCCUCCGCGCCGCCCUCGCCUGCAAGCCCUUCCUCCACGCCGCCCGCAGCGCCCGCUUCCUCCGCCGCUUCCUUCGCCGCCACCCCUUCGCCUGCCCGCUCCUCCUCGGCUGCUUCGUCCACCGCUGCCGCGAAGACCCCAGCCCUCUCCUUCUCCCCGCCCCCCUUCCCGCCGCCGCGCGCCGCGUCGUCGAGGGCGGCGACUUCGCGCUCUCCUUCCUGCCCGACCUCGGCUCGUCGGGCCCCGACCCGUGGAAGGUCUUGGACAGUCGCAGCGGCCGGCCCCUGCUGUGGGAUCAGGCAUCCGCGGAGCAGCCCGUCGCCGAUCCGUGGAAGGUCUUGGACUGCCGCAACGGCCGCCUACUGCUGCGCAAUCGGGUGUCCCGAGAGCUGGCCGUCGCCGAUCCCUUGACCCGGCGCUGGGCCUCUCUCCCCGCGCCCCCGGCUGAGCGCCCCGUGGGGUAUGGCCUCGUCACCGACGACGGCUGCUCGUCGGCGUUCCAGGCGUUCUGCGUUUCAGAAGACGGUGGCGGCUCCUCCGGGCUCCGCGCCCAGGUGCUCUCCUCCAGCGAGCUCCGCUGGGCCGACGCAGCUGUCCUCGCGGGCCAGCAUACUCUCGCGGACUCCCGGGUGAUGCAAGCGAACGGGUCGCUCUACUGGAAGCUCAAGGGCGGGGAGCGCAUGGUUGCGCUCAACACGGCGACGAUGGCGUUCUCCUUGCUGGAGCUCCCUGAUUUCGCGCGGCAGUUCAGCUUCGACAUCAUUGAGAAGGGGGACGACGAUGCUGGCGGGCUCUACCUACUCACCAUGCUCGGAUUCUGCGUCGAGGUUUGGGGCGGUUGGGAUGAUGGCAGCGGUGUGCUAACAUGGACACUGGUGGAGAAGUCGGUCAGGUUCCAGAGGGCCAUGGCGGAGAUGAUUCGUUCAUCACAGUUUUACCGGCAUGGGCUGGUUGUCAUUGGGGUGGUUGCCGGUGUGGUCUUCUUGCGCAAUAAGGAUCGCCUGCUCUCCAUUGAUCUGGAGACGAUGAAGCUCAGGAUGUUGGCACGGAAAGACAAGUGCCCAUCGACCCUGAUGUAUCCUUACACGAUGGCAUGGCCACCUUCAUGCCUGAACCCUACUGAACAAGGAAUGUGAGGCUCACUACAGCUUAUGGUGGUAAUAAGGUUUUGUGCAGAGGUAACGAAGAGGAAGGGAUUCCAUCAUCCGCACGAUGAUUGCGGCGCAACCAGUCUAACCGCGCCUAAAUGCCUGAACCUUGUAUGAUGUAAUUAGUUAGUGUUACGGUCUUGUUAUGUGUGUGGUCACCAUAAUCCGACUUUGCAAUCUGGGGAAUGCGGUAUGUAGCAUGCUUCCUUCCUGAUUGUUGUACCAGUUCAUCUGUCUGACUGUCUCCUUAAAUUUGUGAUACAAUCCUGGUUGGGGUUGGAGUGUAUCUAUCAUCUGUCUCCUUCGGUACAGAUGCAUGGAUUGUAUCCCAGUCUAAUAAAUGGGAUUCCAGAAUCAUGCACAGGGAAGAAACUGAAGAGUGAAGAGAGCUAGCUUGGCUAUGGCAGCGAGUGCUGUGAUUACGUUA